AUGGGAUCUGCUCCAAGUCACACCAAUCUGGCACCACCAACUCCGCGCGCGCCCCGAAUAUCUGAACAACAAAGAUAUUGGAAUCACGAACACAAUAGACAGUUUGAUAAUCGCGAAAGAAACAUCGGACAUCAUCGAAAUUAUGAAAAAAAUCCUCGUUAUAUAAUGAACAUUCGUGAUGAACCCCAGCAAAUGCUUCGCCCGAUUGCAGGAUAUGAAAAAAGACCUUUAGUAUCAUUAGAAGAAGCAUGUGAACCACUAAAUGCGUAUGUCUCUGAUUUACCACGUCAUGUAUGGAUUGCGAAACAAAAUUCACAACAUCCAGCUGACGGUCUAAGUUCUGAUGAAUCAGCUUCCAUCCAUCUUUAUACAAUGGAAUGGUCCGAUAGUCUUUAUUCUGUUCUCAAUAAGACACUGAGAGACGUUGAUCGACGAGUAUUAGCGCCAUGGUUUCUUUAUUUAAAAUUGCUUAUUACAGCACUAUUCAAGUUGCCAUCACUCCGUACUGUUGUUUGGCGAGGUGUACCUGAAGAUUUAAGUCAUCAAUACGCAGUGGUAAGAAAAGUAAUAUUAACAAGAGAAGAUCCCCAACUGUUACCAAAGGAUUUCAACGAAACCUAUAUGGGUUUUGUUAGCAUGGUAUCGAUAUCUCGUUUAUUGGAAAAUUAG